AUGCAGUCCUUCUACACGUCCAACACCGAUAUGUCGCACGCGCCGGCCGCGAUGGAUGAGCUCAUCAGAAAGUACUCGUCUGCCAGCGCUCCCGCAGCAUUCCGCGCACAACGGUCGUUUUACCCCUUCAAGCGAUUCUUCGACCGCGUCCGUCUAGAGUAUUACCGCUAUGAAGUCACCUUCGGCCUAUACGUGAUGACACCCAGCGAGAAGCUUGUUGCCAAUACUUUUGUGGUCGUGGUCCUGUCUCUACUGCUAUGGGCUUUGCUGCUAUACUUCCCGUCGCUCCUAUACCACAAGCUCGGCCGCCUCGUAUGGUUGCUGACGGGCCACAGUAGCCAGGAAGUGGGAACUGCAUUGGGGAUUUUGGAAAAUAACGGCAACGCGAUCUCGCCCGCUUCCAUGGCAGAGCAUGCCGUCCCUUCAUAA